AUGUUUCCCUUAGAGCCCCUAUUUUCACAAGGCUUUGGGGCUAAUCUAUCUUCUCAAGUUAGUUCAUUUGUUGACAACCCGUUGCACCAAUCGAGAUUCAUACAUAUUCCUGGAACCAUGGCUUUUCAAGAAGCUUUGAACAGCAUGUCGAAACUUGCUGGUGGUUUGAUUUGUUGGUUCACUAGCGCAUCCAGUUCAAAUUUGAGUCGGAAAAUAUCUGGCAAUCAGCGCUCUCGAGGACCAGGAAGCUGUAAAUCUUCUGCACAAGUUAAGAACUCUACUGGACAUAAUCUUGCUGGGUUAGGCUUUGGUUCUAUAUCAAAAGGAGAGUCUUCACCUCCUGUGAUUUUUAGUAAGAUUUCAAGUUUCAUGAUGCGGCUUCUACACAGGGAUGCUGAAAAACUUAAGUCUUUCCCUGUGCUCUCAUUAGCUGCUGCUCUGGUACCACCAUUUGACAACUUAUCUUCAAAGGUACUAUCUAUUCCUCUGGAGAAUGGUGAUGUACAAGUGCAAGCAUCAAUAGAUCAAAGGCCUUGUGAAGUUGAGCAUCGUGGAUGUCCAGGCCUCCCAAUUCCCGAUUUAAACUGGACAAGGCAUGCUGUUGAGCCUAGAACAGGAAUUGAGUUUCCAAUGUUUUUGGACAACAUCUUAGCUGGACAGAACAGAUCUAGAUUAACUUCAGAGGUCCUUGUUGGUACUGGAUCCAGAACUAUGACUAUAAUCAGAAUAAAGACUAUGAAGAUUUAUGCAUUUGGUUUUUAUGUUCAUCCUAACUCUGUCUGCGAAAAACUGGGCCCAAAGUAUGCUUCUAUUCCAAUGGGUGAAUUAAAUAAACGCCAUGACUUUUACAAGGAUCUCCUCAGGGAAGACAUCUCUAUGACUAUCCGGCUUGUGAUUAACUGCAAUGGGAUUAAAAUCAAUACUGUUAAAGAUGCUUUUGAGAAAUCGCUUCGAGACCGUUUAUUGAAGACAAACCCAGAUGCUGAUUACCAUUGCCUGACAACAUUUGGUUCAUUCUUCACAAAAGAUAUUCCACUACCAGCGGAGAUAUUCCCGUCUCGGAGCAAACGAAGGAAGAGAUUGGCAAGAAUGUUGCCAGCAUUAUUGGGAAAUGCUAAGUUGAUCCAAUAA